AUGCGCAAUGUGAGGAGACUUCCUGGUCCUCCUUGUUGUGUAUGUCGCCGCAAGAAAAGGGGGUGUGACAGACAGAAACCAAUAUGCGGAGGAUGUCGGCAAAAGGGCCAGUCACAUGAAUGUUCCUAUAGACCCCAGGAUAUGCCUCCUCCUAACCGCCCGAGACAAUGUAUGACUACCCAGGCGUUCCCUGAGCUCGAGGUUGUUAUUAUCUCGACUCCAGACAAUGAAAGACGCCUACGAGGCGGUGGAGUGCGCCAGUCGCCUGAUAUUACACAAAGCGAUGUGAUUGAGGUCUCCUCCAUGGUUUCGGAUCAAAGCUACCACACCGCUGUUUUGCCCCAGGAGGAAGGCUUUCACCUCGAUGAUAGUGGAGCGCAGGCCUCGCAAGUGAUGAGGUUGCAAAGAGCUGUUGAGGAGCGAACGGGCAGAGCCAAGGACGAAGAUUUAACAGGCGACAUCCCUCUUUUAGCUCAAAUACCCAUGUUCACAAAUGGUGUCAUACAGCCUUCCGUCUCCAGAUCGAGUGGCGAAGACCCAUCGGUGCACUUGUCUCAGGAAAUGGCUGACCGUCUUGUUCUAUCUUAUUUAACGAGAGAAUAUGCAAACUUGCCAAUACUGGACCUUUUACAGUUUCAGUCAGCCUACGAGACUACCAGAACUGAACAGGACAUAGCCGCAGGCCCCAGUAGUUUCCAUGGCAUCUUGAAUACCAUUUUCAGUUUAUCUGGCUUAAGUACAAACGAUGUGAAUGACGAAGAUGUGACGAGUUUCUUUAAUCGCGGUCAGAGGAUGUCCAGGGAUGCGGAGAACAGCGGGUCUCUAUGUGAGCGUAUUCAAUCGCAUAUCUUACAAAGCCAGUAUCUAUAUGCGACUGGCAACUCAAGGUUGGCAUGGAUGUUCAUUGGGUUUGCCAUCCGCAUGGCGCAAGUCCUGGGCCUGCACUUCAAGACAGGGGGGCAUGAUACUCGAGGAAGGAGGGAUCGAGAACUCGCCCGGCGACUCUGGCAUAGCGCCAUGAUCCUGGAACGGAUGAUUGCACUGCAGCUAGGGCUCCCACCGCAAACCUCCAAUCCACUGAGGGUGCCGUUACCGACGCAUUGGGACACAGACUACACCGAUUUUAUAUCUGGGGGGAACUCCGCCGUCACGUCAGAUCGUCCAUCCUUGAUAGACCACGUCGAGGAUAUUUUAGCAUGGGAGGAUGAGCUGAGAAUGCAGCCAAAUAGCUGCGCUGCUAAGAAACUUCUUUCCUUCGAUUUCAAGAUAUUUUUGAAGGUAGACACUCUUUUAUACGAUUGGCAGGCAUCUCUGCCAUCAUAUCUGCAAGAUGAUGCCGCGGGCGGUAUAUGGGAUGACCCGAUUGUGUGUCGACAGCGGAAUGUUCUCCGAGCACGCUACCUGUAUGUUCGUCUUCGACUAUAUCGGCCUCUGCUGUCCUUGGGACUGGCACUGUCCACCAAAUGCAAUUGUCGACCUGAAGGUCGCCCGCACGCUACUAAAGAAGAGCCUAGCUCCUCCACCUCCCCUGUGAUUUUCAGCAUGGUACGCGACGUCUCAAUCAAGAGCGUGGCGGUCGCCUUGGAACUGAUCAACCUUAUUCGUGCGCACGAAGAUAGGCCGCUUGAUGGCAGGCCAGACGACAGCCGCCCUAACCUCAUCUCUCCCUAUUGGGAGAACAUUGAUUAUACUUAUGCCUGCGGAACGGUCUUUCUUGCAGCUCGUCUAAGUAACUUUACCAGCUUCAAUGACAACAAUUGCGGUAAAAUCAAUGAAGGGGAGGUAGAGACGUCUUUGACGCGAGCUAUCGACAUAUUGGACCAUUACCACAGUAUAAGACCAAAUGGAAAGGUGGCGCGUAUAGCACAACUGUGCUGCAACACAUUGAAGGAUCUCUCCGGCCUCAUUAGAAGGUCUGGCAUUGCUGACCCAUCAGCCGACGCAGCUGCGGUCUUGGAUGAAAAUACUCGUAAUCGACUGCUGCAAAGGACGGGGAACGGUAGUCCUGCCCUCAACAGGAACCGGAGGCAGCCAGUAGAGGACACGCGCGGAUAUUAUGGAUGGAUCGAGAGUCUGCCUAUAGAUUUGGCUGGUCCACUGGAAUGA